GGGGUUGGUGAUACGGUGCUAUAAAUCUGUGGUCCAGUCCACCUCCCUUUUAAGACGUCCUCCCCCCUUAUUUCUGUUCCCACAUAGAGAUGCAGCAGCUUACUCCUGUACCGACCUACUAAAAAGCAACAAGGAGAAAGACAUCGUCUUUUUGAAAAAAACGUUCUUUCGUCUCUUUUCUUUGUUCCUCCGUUUGUUUUUCUUGCCCCUUUUUGUUUAGUUGAACAGCAGUAGGAGGGUAGUCUCUCCGUCUUUUUAAACUCUUUUUUAAGUUUCCCCUCCCCUUUCAAAAUUUUUUUUCCCCUCGCCCUUUCUUUCAGUGUUGGACUUUGGGGUCGAAAGCAUUUCUUUUUAUUUGCUUCUUUUAAGCCGAGCACAGUUUAGGUUUCGUGCUGUCUUAAGAGAACUAUCCAGCAGCUUCUUGCUCAUCCUUAUUGGGAGAACUGCACCGUUACUUUAAAAACACACAUACACAAAAACCUUAAGGGAGAAAGACGGCAACUCCAAACUAACAUGGCAGUCAGACUGUGUGAUGUGGCUUCUCUGCUUAGAAGUGGUUCGUGGGCAGCAGAGCCUUGGACCGGGCAGGUAAUUGCUGCCAUGGAAACACAACUGUCUAAUGGGCCAACUUGCAAUAACACAGCCAAUGGCCCAACCACCAUAAACAACAGCUGCUCGUCACCAGUCGACUCUGGGAACACAGAGGACAGCAAGACCAACCUGAUAGUCAACUACCUUCCUCAGAACAUGACCCAGGAGGAGCUGAAGAGCCUUUUUGGGAGCAUUGGUGAGAUAGAGUCCUGUAAGCUUGUAAGAGAUAAAAUUACAGGACAGAGCUUGGGAUAUGGCUUUGUGAACUACAUUGAUCCUAAGGAUGCAGAAAAAGCUAUCAACACGCUGAAUGGAUUGAGACUUCAAACCAAAACAAUAAAAGUUUCCUAUGCUCGCCCCAGUUCAGCAUCUAUCAGAGAUGCAAAUUUAUAUGUCAGUGGACUUCCGAAGACAAUGACCCAGAAGGAGCUGGAACAGCUUUUUUCACAAUACGGACGCAUUAUUACUUCCCGUAUUCUUGUUGACCAGGUCACUGGCAUCUCAAGAGGUGUAGGGUUUAUUCGAUUCGACAAGCGGAUUGAGGCAGAAGAAGCUAUCAAAGGCCUAAAUGGUCAGAAACCUCCAGGUGCCACAGAACCAAUCACUGUAAAGUUUGCUAAUAAUCCAAGCCAAAAAACCAAUCAGGCCAUCCUCUCUCAGCUGUACCAGUCUCCCAACAGAAGGUAUCCAGGGCCACUAGCUCAGCAGGCACAGCGUUUCAGGUUGGACAAUCUGCUCAAUAUGGCUUAUGGAGUAAAGAGUAGGUUUUCUCCAAUGACCAUUGAUGGAAUGACCAGUUUGGCUGGAAUUAAUAUCCCUGGGCACCCAGGAACAGGGUGGUGUAUUUUUGUGUACAACCUGGCUCCUGACGCAGAUGAGAGUAUCCUGUGGCAAAUGUUUGGGCCCUUUGGAGCUGUCACCAACGUGAAGGUCAUCCGUGAUUUUAACACCAAUAAAUGCAAAGGUUUUGGAUUUGUGACUAUGACAAACUAUGAUGAGGCUGCCAUGGCGAUAGCUAGCCUCAAUGGAUACCGUCUGGGAGACAGAGUACUGCAGGUCUCCUUUAAGACAAACAAAACGCACAAAGCCUAAUGAGCUCUUGUCCUCAGUCCAUUUAUAUAUGAAAACUAUACAACAAAGGCAAGUUAAGAGAAACUUUAUACAUUAGUAAAUGUCUUUGUAAGUCAGUGUUGAGAUGGGGAUAAAUGACUACUUAGCAUCCUAAGAAAUAUGUGAGAUUUUUUAUUGCUAGUAUUUGAAUUAAAACUUCUUAAAUAUCUUUUAUGUUUGAAUAUGGACAAGAGGUACAGGGUUUUUACCUGUCACACUGCAUUCUAUUGCCUUCUUUGAAGAAGGUGGACCUUUUAAAGUGUUUCAGCAAAGGGAAGACAUUUCUUCUUUUUUUCUUCUUCCUUUUUUUAAUUUUAAACAUAACUGCCUUGAACCUGUGAGUAAAUAUUACUGAGGCUUUGUGUUGUAGUUCUUUAGUUGGUUGUCUUUCCCCCCCUUUUAUCCUUUCUUUCUCUGAUUAGCUUUGUGUUUGGUUUACAUUUAAAGCAUUGCUGUUGUGUCUGUUUAAGAAAAGUAUUUUGAAGUUUACAUUUUUAUUUAUAAAGUUAAAAACAGUAUUUAUUUUAUAAUUAUGAUUUGGGUUGGGGAAGGGGGGGGCUACAUUAUAAACGCUUAUUGUAAGAAUACUGGAGAACUUUUCGUAAAGCAGUACCUUGCCAAAGAGAUAAGAGCCUCUUUGAUGUGGGUUUAAAAAAAGCAUCUAUUUUUAUAAAAAAGAAAAUUUGGAGAAACUUUUUACUGGUCCUGGAACAAAUAUUUUGACUUGAAUACUUUGAGAAAUCUCUUCAUAUGACACCUAGUGAGCUUUUAAAAUUUACCAGGAAAUUUGCAGCGGUUGGGAAAUUUAGAAAGAUUUAUGAUGUAGAGAAUACUUUUGAGAUCUUUGUAUGAAAGGAGUAGAAUCAGUGGGAGAAACACUGCUGGUUUCAUUUUUGUAAUCACCAGUGGAGCGUCUGAUCAUCCUGGUUAUUCUGUGAUAGGUGGCUCACCUUGAUUUGUGAUUUUGAAACAAAUAAAAAAAUUUACAAAAGAAUAUAUAAGAGCAAGCAAGAAAAUUUAAAUUACCAAGAGAUGGGGGAAAAAAAUCUGUUCUUCCUAAAGAAAUCCCUUCAGAUAGAGCUCAUGGUGUUUAGUGAUGUACUUGCAGUAUUGUUUGAAGAAUUGUUUUGUCUUAAGGAAAAAAAAAGACGUUGCACAUGAUUUGUACUGCAGCAAAUCGGCAAAAGUGAUCUGAGUUGGAUAUAUUUGAUGGUAUUUUGAAAGUUACGUUCAAGGCUAACACCUGAGCUUUGUGUAAUGUAAAUAAGACCUUGUGUUUAUGAACCUUUCAGCUAAUUUGAUUUAUUUUUCCCCUUACAUGCCAAGUGAUGUUCAGGUUUUGAAUGUUUUGUAUCGGUUUUUUUCCUUUGUAAAUGGCAUUAACAUUGUUACUUGAUGAGGUCUUGCUUAAUCACUUUUGUUGUCCUGAGGACUUGAAUUUACAGUGCAUCAGAUUUGUUGCUAAUUUUGUCUGUAGAUAGUCUAGCUUCAGCUGUUUAUGGUGAUGCUACAUUUUCGUUUAUAAAUAUGUUUGUGG